UGGCAACGGCCAUUAAUUUCUCUCCUUCCUCCUCCCAUGGUCGUCGUCCCCAACCCCCAUAAAAACCCAACCCAGUCCCUCCUCCCUUCCCAGGUCCUCCCCCACCCCGCGCAUUCUCAACCAAUUUCGCAUUUAGCACAAGGCAGGCAGAGAGAGAAGCCGAGAUGGGCGGCGGCGGAUCCGGCAGCAAGGCGGGGCCUCGGGUGAUGGAGAGCGUAGAGGAUGUGGACCUCUCCGCCGUGCGGUACGAGCGGCCGCCGAUGCAGGCGCCGCACCUCACGGGGUUCCCGCUCAGGGCCUUCGUCUGGUUCAUGGAGUCCCCGCUCUUCGGCCCCCUCGUCACCUCCGUCCUCAAGAAACAGAACAACAUGACGCAGAUGCUGCAGCAGACGGUCAUCCCCGACCGCCCCAUGUACUUCCCCGAGUACCCGCCACAGGAGCCGGAGCAAGGGGUUGUGAUCAUAGCUGAAGACAGGGAUCCUGUGGACAGAGUUGAGGAAGCACUGCAGUGCCUCACUCCGUAUGACCCGUCCGGGCGGUUCACAUCGGCCGAUGAGAGAAAUCCCUUCCUCUACUGGAAGAUUCGCGACUUCGCUUAUGCAUACCGGUCCGGGAUCACAACACCGUCAGCUGUUGCGGAGCAUGUCAUUCUGGGCGUGGAAGAAUGGAACAACAAAACGCCUCCUAUGCCAAUGCUGGUCUAUUUUAACGCGGAGGACUUGAGGAAGCAAGCUGAUGCUUCUACAAAGAGAUUUGAGCAAGGAAAUCCGAUUUCCAUAUUGGAUGGGAUCUUUGUCGCCAUCAAGGAUGACAUUGACUGCUUCCCAUACCCAUCAAAGGGUGCUACCACAUUUUUUGAUCAAAUCCGCAGUGUGGAGAAAGAUGCAGUCUGUGUAGCUCGUCUACGGAGAUGUGGAGUAAUCUUUAUCGGGAAAGCAAAUAUGCACGAGCUAGGCCUUGGGGUAACUGGAAACAAUGCAAACUAUGGGACAGUAAGAAAUCCACAUUCAAUUGAUAGAUAUACUGGUGGUUCUUCAUCCGGCCCAGCUGCAAUUGUCUCAUCAGGGUUAUGCUCAGCAGCGAUUGGAACAGAUGGUGGAGGAUCGGUAAGAAUUCCAUCUUCUCUAUGUGGCAUUGUUGGUUUGAAGACAACAUACGGGCGGACAGAUAUGACUGGGUCACUUUGUGAUGCUGGGACUGUUGAAGUUGGUUCACCUCUUACAGCAUCAGUGGAGGAUGCUAUGCUAGUGUAUUCUGCACUUGCAGGCUGCAGACCCACCGAUAUCCUUACUUUGAGACCUUCGCCACUGUGUGUUCCAAACUUGGUGUCCUCUGACAACAGCAACAUCCUACAAUCAGUGAAAGUGGGAAAAUACACAGAGUGGUUUAAUGAUGUUUCGGAUAUUGAGAUCUCAAAUACAUGUGAUAGCGCACUUAACCUCCUGUGCAGCACCUUUGGAUGUCAGAUAGAAGAGAUAGUAUUACCAGAGCUUGAGGAGAUGCGUACUGCCCAUCUUGUCUCUAUUGGUUCAGAAUCAUUCUGUGACCUGAAUCCUCAUUACCAAGCAGGGAGGCGAGCUGAACUGACGCUAGAUACUCGAACAAGUUUGGCACUUUUUGGGUCAUUCACUUCAACAGAUUAUGUUGCUUCUCAAUGUCUGAGAAGAAGGAUAAUGUACUAUCACAUGGAAGCUUUCAAGAAGGUUGAUGUCAUAGCAACCCCGACAACUGGCAUUACUGCACCAAAAAUACCACCAAGCGCUCUGAAGUUAGGAGAGUCUGAUUAUGUUGUAUCAGCUAACUUGAUGAGAUUCAUUUUAGCCGCAAAUCUUCUUGGUUUGCCUGCCAUUACUGUUCCUGUCGGCCAUGACAAGCAAGGCCUUCCUAUCGGUUUGCAACUGAUAGGCCGUCCAUGGGGUGAGGCUAGCUUACUGAGGGUGGCUUCUGCAGUGGAGGAGCUCUGCCUGAAGAGGAGGAAUCGGCCUUCCACAUUUUAUGACAUCCUCAAGGCCUGAAACAGUCUAGCAGUUAUGCAAUUCCGAAGGUUCUUGGAAAAAAAAGAUAGGCAAUUCUGCUGUGACAGUGAUAUGUGCUGCUAAAUUUCCAUUUGGGAGCUUUUGUACACAUAAUUCCCGUCUUUCUGGUGUUGUAUCAAUAUGUAAGGUUUGUAGUGAGUCAGGACUCAGAUAGACAUGGGUCACAUGGCAAGCCCUCCUCCAGGUUACAGGAAAUCCUUUUUACUAGAGAUAUGUCAGAGAAUAAAUAAGUGAAAUAGUAAUAUCGAAAAAUAAUUUUACGUUGUUAUAGUUGUCCUUGUUUUGCUCU